ACAUCUCUCUCCUCUCCUCUCCUCUCCUCUCCUCUCCUUUCUUCUUUUUCUCACACACAUUGACAUCUUUAGUGCUUAAUCAUUUCCAAGAUUGCGAAGCACACUAAUCAGCACUCUCGCCCAUUUUCACCCUUUUUUUUAAAAAAAUUCCCACAAUGGCGGAAGUAGCCGCACAAAAGGGCAAAGCAGACGUUGUUGAUCUGCCUCAGGCCUUCGACCUCAAAGAAAAAGACGCUUCAAUCGGGAGCCUGGACGAUAUUAUCGAAGACUCUCCCCUUGUUGAAGUUAGAGCAGCUGUUCCUCCUACGGAUGACUCUUCUCUACCCACCCGCACCUUCCGUGCAUGGUUUCUCGGCAUGUUCUUCACCAUUGUCCUCGCUUUUGUUAACCAGUUCUUCUGGUUCCGUGACAAUCCCUUGACGAUCCGCGUCAUGGUUGCUCAAUUGCUUGCCUAUCCACUUGGGAAACUAAUGGCUCAUUUCCUCCCCACUCGUACAUUCAAUACCCUGGGUUACAAAUGGACUCUUAAUCCUGGUCCCUUUAACAUUAAAGAACACGUCCUCAUCACUAUCAUGGCCAACUCUGGAGUGACUACAUUUGCUGCGAUCGAUAUCAUUGUCAUUCAACGACUCUAUUAUAAUGACAGUUGGGGCUUUGGCGGUGGUCUUCUCUUGGUCAUCUCAACUCAAUUUGUAGGCUAUGGCUUCGCAGGAGCCCUUCGUCGUUUCCUAGUCCGUCCUGCAUCCAUGGUCUGGCCCGUCAACUUGGUCAACGCCACUUUAUUCCAUACGCUCCAUCGUAAUAAUCCAGCCAACGGUAGCCUUCGAGUCGCCAUUGGUGGAGAAGCAACAACGUCUUGGAAGAUCUCUCGUAACUUGUUCUUCUUCUUUGUGGCAUUGGCCUCAUUCCUUUAUUACUGGCUGCCUGGUUACAUCUUCCCAUUGUUGACAUCGGUCAGUUGGUUGUGCUGGAUCAAUCGGGAUUCCAUCCUCCUGAACCAGCUUGGAUCUGGACUCAAGGGUCUCGGCUACCUUUCCUUCACUCUUGAUUGGUCCUCCAUGUCUGCUUGGCUCCCCUCACCCUUGGCUAUCCCUUGGUGGGCUCAGGCCAAUAUGAUGGCAGGUUUUACAUUCUUUAUCUGGAUCUUGAUCCCUAUCAUGUACUACACCAACCGUUACGAUGGUAAAUUGUUCCCCAUCUACAACACCAAGACAUAUGACAGAGUAGGUCAGCCUUAUGAUCUCGGCCGAGUCCUCGUCAACAACGCAUUGGAUGAAGAAAAGUAUGCAGCCUAUUCACCUGUACGCAUCACAGCCUUCUUUGCCACCAUGUACGGUCAGGGUCUAUGUGCUCUUGGUGCGAUUGUCUCUCACGCUCUGCUCUAUCACGGAAAGGAUAUCUGGAGUCGUAUCCGUAGUGCGAAGCAAAAGGAUGAGGACAUCCAUGCACGUUUAAUGGAUCAAUACCCUGAAUGCCCUGAUUGGUGGUAUAUUGCGACGUUCGUCGUUGCCUGUGCUCUAUCGAUCUUGACGGUUGAAUUGUAUCCUACCAGUGAUAUGAGUUGGUGGCAUGUUUUGGUAGCAAUGUGCCUGGCUGCUAUCUGGACCUUGCCAAUGGGUAUUCUGACAGCGAUUACAUCUCAAGCACCAUCGAUCUCGAUGAUCUCUCAAUGGGUCUUUGGUGUGAUUUCGCCUGGAAGGCCUAUUGGAAACAUGAUCUUCAAGACGUAUGGAUUCAUCACAGUUCAACAAGCCAUCACAUUUACUCAAGAUCUUAAAUUGGGGCACUAUAUGAAGGUGCCUCCUCGUGACAUGUUUAUCUUCCAAAUGAUCGGCACACUGGCUGCAGCGUUGGUGGCGAUGGGCACGACCUCGUACUUGAUGACCAACAUUGAGGAUAUUUGUACACAGGCUGCUUAUCCCUUCACCUGUCCAUCUGCUUCGGUCUUUGGAGCGUCUUCGAUCGUUUGGGGUGUUGUGGGCCCUAAAAAGUUCUUGUCACCAUCGUCGAUGUACUAUCCAAUUGUGUGGUUCUUCUUCAUUGGGUUUGUACUCCCAGUUCCGUUUUAUUUGUUGUCUCGCAAGUAUCCAAAUAGUUGGGUCAAGGAUGUGAACAUGGCUGCGUUCAUGUUGGGAGGUGGACCCUAUCCUCCAGCAGGAGCCUCGAUCAUGCCUACCUGGGCUUUCCUUGGGUUCAUUUUCAACUUUGUGAUCAAGCGUCGUUAUUUUGGAUGGUGGUCCAAGUAUAACUAUGUGAUGUCUGCAGCCUUGGAUGCAGGAGUGGCUAUUUCGGCCUUGGUGAUUUUCUUUGCGCUUCAGAACAAUGGCAUCAAGAUGCCAGAAUGGUGGGGCAACAACCCAAGUUCGAUUGAUCAAUGUCCUAGAGCUACUCAGAACUGGGCUGGUCAUGAUACUUAUGCU